AUGGCUAAAGAUGAUCUUGGAGUGCUAAAUGCACUCGAUGUGGCCAAGACACAAUGGUACCAUUUCACCGCCAUCAUCAUUGCCGGCAUGGGGUUCUUCACCGACGCGUACGAUCUCUUUUGCAUCUCCCUCGUCACAAAGCUCCUCGGCCGCAUAUACUACCAUGUGGACGGUGCGGCAAAGCCCGGCACGCUCCCUCCGAACGUGUCUGCUGCUGUCAACGGCGUCGCCUUCUGUGGCACUCUUGCCGGUCAGCUCUUCUUCGGCUGGCUCGGCGACAAAUUAGGUCGGAAGCAUGUCUACGGUAUAACCCUCCUUCUUAUGUUCAUCUGCUCCAUCGCUUCUGGCUUGUCCUUUGGGCAUUCCGCAAAAGGUGUCGUGGCGACCCUAUGCUUCUUCCGGUUCUGGCUUGGGUUUGGGAUCGGAGGGGAUUACCCGCUCUCCGCCACCAUCAUGUCGGAGUACGCAAACAAGAAGACUCGCGGGGCGUUCAUUGCCGCAGUGUUCGCGAUGCAAGGGUUUGGGAUUUUGGGGGGCGGGAUCGUCGCUUUGAUCAUCUCCUCGGCAUUCGAACAUAAGUAUAAGGCCCCAGCUUAUCAAGUCGAUCCGUUGGGCUCGACCGUUAAGCAAGCCGAUUACGUGUGGCGUAUCAUUCUAAUGCUCGGUUCACUCCCGGCGGCCCUCACUUAUUAUUGGAGAAUGAAAAUGCCCGAAACUGCUCGUUACACCGCCCUCGUCGCAAGAAACGCUGGGCAGGCAGCUGCAGACAUGUCUAAGGUGUUGCACAUGGAUAUUGAAUCUGAACAAGAGAAGGUGGAGAAAUUUUCCCAAGAUCCCCGCAACAACUACGGCCUUUUCUCUAGGGAAUUCGCCCGCCGCCACGGCCUCCACCUCGUCGGGACGACCACCACGUGGUUCUUCCUCGACAUUGCUUUUUAUAGCCAAAACCUCUUCCAAAAGGACAUUUUCACCGCAAUCGGGUGGAUCCCACCGGCGCAGACCAUGAAUGCCAUUCACGAGGUAUACAAAAUUGCUAGGGCACAAACCCUAAUCGCUCUUUGCAGUACUGUACCCGGGUAUUGGUUCACCGUUGCAACGAUCGAUUACCUCGGAAGGUUCUUCAUCCAAAUGAUGGGUUUCACCAUGAUGACGAUCUUCAUGUUCGCCGUCGCCAUCCCAUACAACCACUGGACUCUGCCUCCGAACCGGAUAGGGUUCGUCGUGUUGUACUCAUUCACCUUCUUCUUCGCCAACUUCGGGCCAAACACAACAACAUUCAUUGUUCCUGCCGAGAUCUUCCCGGCACGGUUGAGGUCCACAUGCCACGGGAUAUCGGCGGCUUCAGGGAAAGCCGGAGCCAUCGUCGGGGCUUUUGGGUUCUUAUAUGCGGCGCAGAGCAAGGAUAGGACAAAAACCGAUGCAGGUUAUCCACCGGGUAUCGGCGUAAAGAAUGCAUUGCUUAUGCUCGGGGCGAUUAAUCUUGCGGGAAUGUUGUUCACUUUGCUCGUGCCGGAGCCAAAGGGCAAGUCACUGGAAGAGCUUGGAGGAGAGAACAUAGGUGAGGAUGAGAAGGGCGAAGGUAGGGAGAUGCAGCCUCCUUCAUUGGGACCAUUUGGUGGUUAG